AUGGAUAUAGAAGAGGCUUUGCAGGACGAAUCGAACCAACCCCUCUUAGACCCUGAACAAUUCUACGGCAUCACCACAACUAACAACAACAAAGAUGCGACGAUUCCGGCCAAAAGAGCAAGGCAAAAGGCCUUCGAAAGCACGGCCCACCUUGCCAACCACCUUCCGACUGGCACAGUCCUCACCUUCCAAAUCCUAUCGCCCAUCUUCACAAACGAAGGUCAAUGCUCUGUCGCAAACCAAACCAUGACUGCAUACCUCGUUGCUCUCUGCGCUCUGUCCUGCUUCAUCCUCAGCCUAACCGACAGCAUUCGCGAUGAAGCUGGAAAUGUUCGACAUGGGAUUGCGACCUGGAAUGGAUUGUGGAUUAUUGACGGAACUGAGCCUUUGCCGACGGAGAUGACUGUCAGCUACAGGAUUAUGAUUGUUGAUUUUAUUCAUGCCAUUACAGCGGUGAUGGUAUUUGCUGCGGUGACUUUGCUUGAUCAUAAUGUGGUGUUAUGUUUUUAUCCGAUCCUGUCGGAGGAGACGAAACAGAUGCUGACGAUGUUGCCGGUGGCGAUUGGAGUUAUAGCAAGCAUGCUGUUUGUUAAUUUCCCCACUACUAGACAUGGGAUUGGCUUUCCACUCUCUACUCAAUAAUAUGUAAUACAUGUAUAAUCCCUUCCAAAUUUAUGUGUAAUGUUAACAAUAUUCCUUUC